AAUUUUCAUGCCAAGCUGUCAGAGCUAAGUUCGGGACUUAGUUUCUGAGCACGAGUGAGGACUUAGUCUCUGGAGGGACUUGGACACUUAGUCAAAUUUUCUACUUUUAUUUCUCUGACCCCAUUCAAGUGUCAUUGCUCAGUUUUGAGCGCUUUUUGCGUCUACUGUGUUCAUCAUGGACUCAAUAAAGGUCAAAUCCCACCACCCAUUGCCAAAUGACCACUCACAAGCAGGAUUGCCUAAGAAACCGAAACUGCAUCACCACGAUGGGAAGCCCAAGAAGCACAAAUCUGACAAGCACAAAUCUUCCAAACAUGACAAAAGCUCUGUCCCUGUCAAAAAGGAAUUGCCCUCACCCAUUAAGAGGAAACCAAUGAUUUCAGAAUCUGAGAGCGAAGAUGACAUCCCUCUGUCUAUACAGAAUGCCAACGUGAUGAGUCAGGCGCCGCCCACUCGGAGCGAGUCGCCCCUGGCAACCGUAAAAAUGGAAGGCAAAGUGGAGCUUGGCUCACAGAUGGGAAAACAGGAGCCCUCUCUUGCAGUAAAAAAUGAGAAGAAACUGCUAUGUGAUGAUGACGACAUACCAUUGGCCCAGCUCAAGAGUAAACCCAGCAAGGCCAAGGCUGGAGUGAAGAGGAAGUCCAAGGCUGAUGACAGUGACAGGGAUGAUGACGAGGACUACAAGGUUCAGCUCAAGAGUAAGCCCAGCAAGGCCAAGGCUGGAGUGAAGAGGAAGUCCAGGGCCGAUAACAGUGACAAGGAUGAUGACGAGGACUUUAAGCCCAAGAAACCUAAACCAACUCCUCCGUCCAAGACCAAAUUAACCAUUCCUAAAUCUGCACCUGCUAGGGGCAGAAAGACAAAAGCUCCCCCCAAAGGAGCGGCUAAAGCGGCAUCAGGGGCCUCUGCUGUUUCGCCAGUGAAAGGAGGUCGUAAAAAGAAGGAGGAGGAGCGUGAGGUGUGGAAGUGGUGGGAGGAGAAGCCCCACCCAGAGGGAGUCAAGUGGCUCUCGCUAGAACAUAAGGGCCCGUACUUUGCACCCGCCUACGAGCCGCUGCCCAAAGAUAUCAAGUUUCGUUAUGACGGUAAGGUGAUGUCCCUCUCCACUAAUGCAGAGGAGGCUGCCGGGUUCUUUGCCAAGAUGCUCGACCACGAGUACACCACCAGAGAUGUGUUCUGUAAGAACUUCUUCCAGGACUGGAGAAAGGAGAUGACUGCCGAGGAAGCUUCAACCAUAUCAAAGUUUUCCAAGUGUGACUUCAAGGAGAUCCAUGCCUACUACAAGGAGAGGUCCGAAGAGAGAAAGGCAAUGUCAAAGGACCAGAAAGCAGCUCUCAAGGCUGAGAAUGAGGCGAUUGUGGCUGAGUAUGGAUGGUGCAUGAUCGAUGGGCAUAAGGAGAAGAUUGGCAACUUCAAAAUAGAGCCUCCAGGUCUCUUUCGAGGCAGGGGAGACCAUCCCAAGCAAGGCAAGAUCAAGAAAAGAAUCGAGGCUGAGGAUGUUAUCAUCAAUAUUGGCCAAGAUGCAGUGGCACCUGACCCUCCUCCCGGACACAGGUGGGGCAAGGUACAGCAUGACAGCAAGGUCACGUGGUUAGCCUCAUGGACUGAAAACAUUCAGGCCUCCAUCAAGUACGUCAUGCUCAACCCUACCUCAAGGUUAAAGGGUGAGAAGGACUGGGCCAAAUACGAAGUGGCACGUCGUCUAAAGACUAAAGUGGAUGUGAUUAGGAGAAACUAUGAGUCUGACUUCAAGUCUAAAGAAAUGAAAUCCAGACAGAGGGCUGUUGCGAUGUACUUCAUCGACAAGCUGGCCCUGAGAGCGGGGAAUGAGAAGGACAGCGAUGAGUCUGCUGACACUGUCGGCUGCUGCUCUCUCAGAGUGGAGCACCUCACGCUCCAUGAUGAGUUGGAUGGGAAAGAUAGGAUGGUGGUGUUUGAUUUCCUGGGCAAGGACUCGAUACGCUACCUCAACUCAGUGCAGGUGGAUAAGGCGGUGUUCAAGAACUUGGGUCUCUUCAUGAAAGACAAGGAUCCAGGGGACGACCUCUUUGAUAGGCUUAAUACGGGAGUGUUGAACCAGCACCUAUCCUCACUGAUGGAUGGACUCACAGCCAAGGUGUUCAGGACCUACAACGCCUCUAACACCCUGCAGGAGCAGCUCAUAGAACUUACACAAGCUAGAGAUGUGCUUCCCUCCAAGAUCCUCUCCUAUAACAGAGCCAACAGGGCAGUGGCCAUCCUCUGCAACCAUCAGCGUGCUCCCCCAAAGAUGUUUGACAAGCAAAUGAGCAACCUUCAGGAAAAGAUCGCAGCUAAAGAAGAUUCCAUCACUGAGACAAAGUCUGAGAUUAAGUCUCUCAAAAAAGAAGUCAAGGCCACCAAAGACUCAAAGGCCACCAAGAAAUUAGAGGCAAAGAAGAAGCAGUUGGUUCGUCUCGAGGAGCAGCUACAAAAACUGGAAGUCCAGGCCACUGACAAGCAAGAGAAUAAAGAGAUUGCCUUGAGUACAUCCAAGCUCAACUACCUCGACCCCCGUAUCUCUGUGGCUUGGUGCAAGAAAUACGCCGUCCCACUCGAGAAAGUCUACAACAAGUCACAGAGGGACAAGUUUGCCUGGGCCAUUGACAUGGCUGGUGAGGACUUUGAGUUUUGAUCUAUUCUUCUACACAGUCUAAUUAUUAGGAGAUAUUUUCAAUUGACUUUUUGCUACUUCUAUCAUUCACACUAUAUAUGUAUAAUAUUAUAGGAGAACAAUGUAUUUUAAUUUCCUUUACGUGCACAUCAUUGUCAAACGCCAUGCAGCAAUGUUACUAUACCACCAGUCAUUACAUUUCUGUUUCCAGAUUUUUAUAGACCUAAAAAUCCGCGCUUUAAUUUGUACCCGUUUCUGCUAAUAAUAAUUUUAUAUAUACAUUGCAUGUACUUAUUUAUUUAUAAUAUAAAAUUAUAUACUA